CGGCAGUGCAGCGUCGCUGCGUGCGCAGCGUAGAAGAAGCCGCAUUAGCAGCAUUAGCAGCAUUAGCAUCAGCUGUCGGAGCUGCACCGCCUGUCUCUCUCUCUCUCUACCUGUCUCUCUCUCUGUCUCUCUGUCUCACCUCCACCUUCAGCUACACAAAGCGCCGCUCCGCUCUGCGAUGCUUACGCCGUCAGUCAGCUGUUUCUCAGCGGACACGCCGGAGCUGCAAUGAAGGCAGGGGCCUCGUCCAUGUGGGCUUCAUGCUGUGGUCUGCUGAAUGAAGUCAUGGGUACCGGGGCCGUCAGAGGCCAGCAGCCGGGGUUCGGAGCCGGUGCUGGACCCUUCAGGUUCGCCCCCAGUGCCGGAUACUCCACGUACCCGCCCACCAGCUCAGGGAGUCCCGGUCUGGUUUGCAAGGCCUGUGGUCAGGCCUUCUCAGUCUUCAGGAGGAAGUAUAUCUGCUGUGACUGCAAGAAGAGCUUCUGCUCUCUGUGCUCCGUGCUUCAGGAGAACCUGCGCAUCUGCACCACAUGUCACCUGCUGAAGGCGACGGCCUUCCAGCGGCCGCGGCUCAUGCGUCUACGAGUCCGGGACCUACGUCAGUACUUGCUGCUCCGUAACAUCCCCACCGACACCUGCAGGGAAAAAGAGGACCUGGUGGACUUGGUGCUCUGUCACCAGGGCAUCGAGGAGGAGGAGGAGGACGCCGACACGGGCAGCCUCCACUCGCGUUCCCUGUACACGUCGACCACGCAGUCCGCCUCGGAGCUCUCGGCUUUCGUCGCGUCUCAGGAGGAGCCACUCAGCAGGAGCGACAGCUCUGAUACCAACCAGGAUAUCGGUGACGCCACAUCCGUGUCUCUCCUCAACCUGGACCCCAGUGAACACACUCCUGAGGUCAGUCCUCAGACGCGACGCCGGGCCAGAGCGUCCCUCUCGGACAUCUCCAGCUUGAGGGACAUCGAGGGCCUCUCGGUCAGGCAGCUGAAGGAGAUCCUGGCCAGGAACUUUGUCAACUAUUCAGGGUGCUGCGAGAAGUGGGAGCUGGUGGAGCGCGUCAGCCGACUGUACAGGGAGACGGAGGAGAACAGGAAGUCAUUGGAAAAUGUGAGCAGUACUGUAACCACAGUGGUGGCCUUCCCUCCGAGCCCGCCGAUCUGCAACGGUGCCAUCGGAGACGGCGAGAAAGGCCCGCUGACCAUCCACGACGACAACCUGUGCCGGAUCUGCAUGGACGCCACGAUCGACUGCGUUCUCCUGGAGUGCGGCCACAUGGUCACCUGCACCAAGUGCGGCAAGAGGAUGAACGAGUGCCCGAUCUGCAGGCAGUACGUCGUGAGGGCCGUGCACGUCUUCAAAUCCUAAUGCGCCGCCGCCGCUGCUGCUGCAGCUCGGACUGAGACCUUCAAUCAACCAUGCAGCUCAUGUUUAAAAAAAAAAAAGACUAAUUUUUGUGGAUGUUCCUUGUUUGUAUUAUCUAAAUUCUCACAUUAUUUGCACAUAAAUAUUAUGAGAAAUGUGUUUUUCCUUCUUAAGACUCUUCAGUGGGCAGAGCGUAGGAUCGUACACUCCUCUGAGUCAUUCCUCAGCGAAACAUAUCUCCCAUCUGUUUUCAUUCCUUGCUUUUAUGUUUUUGCUUUUUACAGUUUUUCCAAAGCAAAGAAUGUCUCGUCACACAACUCAUCACCCUCAGAUCUGCCUAUAAUAAAACUGUAGCCGAGUUAUUGUUAAGAGCACCUCUCUCUUUACAACUGCUGCAAGUGAAUACAUAUCUUAGUAACACAGAGGACGACAGACACGCUGAAGCUCGCCACAGGAGAGCGGGUCGAGGGGGGUGAACAAGGUGCCAAAUUACGGGUCAUGCCCUCACGCUUCUUACCCCCUUUCUCUUUUUUUUUGUGCGUGUCCCGUCGACUGUGUCGAGCCGGUGCGUGGCUGUUGAUUCACUUUGUUCACACUGUGUUAACACACCGCCACCCACAACCCACUGCAAACUAUGACGGCUGAAGUUCCAGUCUAACUCGGCGCGAAGAAGUCUCUCUGUGAUUUAUGAUGCAUCUUCGCUUUUCGUUCCGCGUUUUUAAAACACGGUCACACAAAAGUCUGUCAUCUACAGCAAUAGCUCGACCUCCGCUGUCACCUCCGUCUCGGGUGGAGACAAAAAGACAAAAAAACUGGUGCUAACUCAUCCGACCAUCUUCCCUGAUUUUCCAGCUGAACUGUGGAUGUGAAACUCUUGAAUGUUUUUUGAUUUUUUUUUUUGUCGUAUAUCGUUGGGAGUGGAAUGAAGUGUCUUAACGCGUUGAUUUGUUUUUUCUUCCUCUCAUGUAAAGUGUUGAACUAACUAUUCGAAGAUAUAGCUACGAGUUUACUGACACCUGUGGUAUAGAAAGUAUAUAGAAAUAAUGACUUGCUAAUGUACAUUUGCAUAUAUUGAUCCAUAUUGAGAUGUAUAUAUCUAUAUAUUUUUUUCCAUUUGAUUUCAGAUUGUGUAAUAUCAGAUGAUUAAAAAUG